CCUCAUACCCUUCGUCCUUGAUCUGCUCGCCGCUCCAUCAGUAUAACUUUACCCUUCCUAGUCAAUUAAUCUCACUCGUAUACCGCACGAUGGUCCGUCUCAUCCUCGGUUUGGCGGCCUGCGCUACCAUGGCUAUGGCCGAUGGUAACGUUCAACAUUUUUUUUUUUCUUCUGACGCACCAUGGCUCGCGCGUCUCAUCAUAAGACGCUGCCGUAUCUCUUUUACAUGUCCAGUACUAAACUCAUCACCAACUUAACAUCCCGUCCUUUGCAAACGCUGCUCAGUCACAUUCAAUGUCGUCGGUUUACGCGAAGGUGUGGACGACAUGUUUGGAGUCCAGAUCAACGGCAAUAUCACAAGGCUGACCACUUCUACGGAAACAUACCCACUAUGGUCUGCCAAUGUUGCCGGAGUCAAUGGUCCUCUCGAGUACCAAUACGUUCACCUGAACAAGGAUGGCAAGGUCGCGAAUCAAGAAAAGGGUGCCCGCAAGCUGCCUGCAGGCGCCGCACACACACCUAAUGAAUUCUUUGAUCGAACGACUACGUUGAGCAGCCUCCCGCCAUUGCCCCAGGUUUACGAGAACAAGCUUCAGCAGAACUCGCCUUUCUUCAGAGAAGGAUAUAUUGGAACCUUCUUUGUCGAGGCUGACCAGGCACAGCUGAACUACUUGAAUAAGGGAGGCGAGAGCUUCCAUCCUAAGCCCAUCAAAGCUAACAUCCAGUAUAUUGGUGCCAACGAUAACAUCAAGAUCAAGGACGUUAUGUUCAAUCUCUCAGGACAGUCUGCACGCGAGUACGCUAAACUGGCUUACCAGAUGAAGUUCCCAAAGAAGAACCGCCUGCUCGACCUUGCCACCCUCAAGUUUCGCAAUGAGGAGACCGAUGCCACCAUGAUCCGCGAGAAAAUCUACGUCGACAUCCUCAACUCCCUGGGAGUCCCCGCUCAGCAGGCUGCUUACGUUCGUCUUUUCCUCAACGGCAAGGCCGUGGGCCUCUUUGUCGCCGUCGAAGAGAUGAAGGCGCAUUGGAUCAAGAAAGUCCUCCACCCCGAAACCAAGAAGCUCGUACCCGGUGCGCUCUGGAAGAUGAACUCGUGCUGCGGAUAUGAGGGUAACCUCCAGUGGCUCGGACCCACAACCAAGAGCUAUGUCAUCGAAGACAUCUAUAAGAAUAUUUUGCCGGGCAAGAACCCUAAGGAUGAUCCCAUGAAGGAUCUGAUCCAGUUCAUGGCUGACCUCAAGAAUUUCGAUCCCAAGAAGACUAAGGAUCCGAUCGCCUACUGGAACGCGAGACUCGACCUCGAUGGCUUCCUUAAGGCCAUGGCCAUGGAAUACCUCACCGGUUCCUGGGACUCGUACUGGAUUUCGGGUUCAAACUACCAGAUCUACAACGACCCCGUUACCGGCAAAUGGACCUGGCUGCCCACAGAUUUCGAUGAUACCUUCGGAACAUCCUUCGAUGGCAAGAUCGAAUCCUACCGCAAAAUCCCCAAGGUCAAUGACAAAGGCUUCGAGUCCCCCCUGGCUCAGAAGUUGAUUAUGGAGACACCCGAGAUCAAUGCACGCUUUGAACAGAUCCUCAAGGACACUGUCAGUUACGUCUUCAACCCCGAUGCCCUGACGCCACGCCUGGAUGCGUAUGCAAAGAUGAUCAAGGAAGAUGUUGCCUGGGACCGCAUUCAGCCUAGGUUAUCGAAGGGCAAGAGUGAAAAGUUCACGGUCCAGGAUCUGAGUAUGGGUCUCACUGACGGCACUAAGGGUAACUGGGGCCUAAAGAAGUGGAUCGAGGAGCGUGCUGUUGGUGUUCAGAAGGACCUUGGCUUCAAGGCCGCCUCUGGAAGCCCCACCAAGGUUCCAUACCAUAUUAUGAACAACGUCGAGGACCCCUAUGGAGUUAUCUCGAAGCAGAACAUCACCUCUGCUAACCUCAAGAAUAGCAUCGCUGGCGAUGAGAAUGUCGACAAGGACGAGGUCGCCGAUAAGGAAGACGAUAUUACGAUCGAGAGCUCAAGAACUAUGCCUGUCGCCAAGAAGGUUCAGAAAGUCACGAGCUCUGCAGAGACAGUGAAGGGCAAGUGGGCUGCACUCGGCGCCCUGAUAGCUGCAAUCCUCAUUGCUGUUUAAGGUGUUAGGAAAGGAAAAAAAAAAAAAAAAAGAUCGCGACGGCAAGACGAAAAAGCUCCUCGUGCUUCGCCCAUGUAAAUAGAAUCUGUAUUCCCCCACCUUGAGAAAAUAAAAAAUAGAUGAACA